AUGGGUCGUGUUAGAACUAAGACUGUCAAGAGAGCCUCGAAGGUUUUGAUCGAGAGAUUCUACCCAAAGUUGACUUUGGACUUCGAGACCAACAAGAGAUUGACCAGCGAGAUCGCUGAGAUCCAAUCCAAGAGACUCAGAAACAAGAUUGCUGGUUACACCACCCACUUGAUGAAGAGAAUUCAAAAGGGUCCAGUUCGUGGUAUCUCCUUCAAGUUGCAAGAGGAGGAGCGUGAGAGAAAGGACCAAUACGUCCCAGAAGUUUCCGCUUUGGACUUGUCCCACACCAACGGUCAAUUGGAGGUUGACGCUGAGACUGCUGACUUGGUCAAGUCUUUGGGUUUCAAGAUUCCUUUGCAAACUGUUGCUAUCUCUUCUCAAAGAGGUCCAAGAAGAUUUGCUAAGAGAUCUUAA